AUCGCGACGUUUGGGGUGCGCGAGCGGGCGGAGAGCGAGAGGUAUAUAAACCGGGAGGACUUGGGCCAGGAAACGCCGUCGCACUGCUGCAACCCGUAGUCGCGCCUUCCUCGUCCUCCCCACGACAAGAACCCGGCCUCUCUGCCAGUCCACUUUUACUGUCUUUUCAGUACAGUCAGUCUUUACUGCAUCGCAAGAUGAUGGCCCGCUUCUCGUCGUACUUCGCCGCCGCUCUGCUGGCGUUCGCCUCGCUGCUCUCGAUGGUGGCUGCUGUCCCCGUCGAGGCUGAGCACCUUGAGGCGCGCAGCAAGACUUACCAGGGCCGGGGAACCUGGUUCAACGUCGGCCUCGGUAACUGCGGCAAGGAGAACGUGGACUCCGACUUGAUCGUCGCGCUUGACACCGCGACCUACGCCUCGGGCAAGCACUGUGAUAAGUACAUCACCAUCGUCGACACCAAGAACGGCAAGAAGGCCAAGGCGAUGGUCCGCGACUCGUGCCCUAGCUGCGGGGUCGGGAGCAUCGACAUGUCUCCCGCCCUGUUCAAGCACUUCGACUCGCUCGACACCGGUGUCAUCUCCGUCAAGUGGUGGUUCAACUGAUCACUGCCCACUACCCUGACUUGAGAGAUCCGGGACCGUCUGGGCUAUGCGGGGUCGUAGCCUGCUGGCGCGGUCUCGCUCUCACAACUGUAUCGUUAUCAAAAUGCCUUGCUGCGCCCCUCGAGGUGGCGCCCACCGCUAGAGGAGGCGUAUAGAGCCUACGCGGUGUCGUGUAGCUUAGAUAGAUGUGUUUUGUAUCGCUAGAGGCAGCAACGUUGUAGCAAUGCGAACUCGUGGUUCCUACUAUG